AUGACUCGUGAUGAGGUGAGGGCAUACGCAAAUCUCAGUACAUCCGGCGGUCUAGAAGGCUUACGUUCCCAACUGUUGGCUACCACCUCACAGCCCACGUCCGAGUUGUCCUCUAAACUGACGCAACACACCUCGGAAUUGGUGUUUAUCCUCGGGCAACAUGCAUCAUCUGCCAAGGGUGCGGAAUCCGACGAGAGCUCCAGCAGUAGUUCGGACUCGGAUAGUAGCGAUUCAGAUUCCGAUCAGUAA